AUGGCAAAACGCCCAAGUACAUCGAAAAACCCAGCGGAGGACGAUGAACUUAUCAUUGAUGAAUGUAGAAGAAAACUAGAUGACGACGAGAGUAACGAUGUUGGAGCUUACUUUGAAGACGAUAAUCAGCAAGGGACUUCAUAUCGAACGCCAUUCAUGCCUUCUCAUUUGGGACUCAUACAAGACCAAUCCCCAGAUCUUACAAUGAAAGAUUUGUUCAAUAGGAAAAGAUCGCGGCCUCAAUCAACGGGAUUUAUCGAUCACAGUCAGGCGCGAUAUUAUGACCGGUACAAGCAACAAGAGUAUACUCGUCGCAACGAUUUUAUGAAGUAUUGUCAUGUAUGCCGUAAGAAAACAGUAGGAAAACUUCGUGUUCUACCCGGCGAUCUUCGUAUGCGAAAAGUAUGGAUUCUCCGGUCAAACCUGGACGAAGAACGAUCUGCAGAGUUGUGGUUAAGAGAAAUGGCUUGUGAAGGAUCUCACGGAGGAGAAUUCUGCGAAGCUCAUUUCCCAGCAGGCUCACAGCAUAUGAAAGGAAAUCAGCUCAUACCCCUUGACGUUAGACCUGAAGAAGGAAGACAUUCUGUUGUGGAAGAUAUUCAAUUCGAUUUCGAUGCCAUACACCUUCAGUGCGUUUUUUGUGGUAGAGACGGCCCUCUUGCAACCAUGCUUCCUUUCAUUAGAAAUCGUGCCAAAAGACUGCGAUGGAUUGAACAGCUAGCUUCUGGAAAUGAAACUUAUAAGAACCGUCUACUCCAUGCAUUACGAGGCGGAGUCACCCAAUUCCUAUGCGAUUAUCACAUUUCUGAUAGCAGUUUCGAGAUAAAUGGAUUUGGAGAGUGGCGUCUUCUCAAAAAUGCGUUACCUGAUCCAAGACUCGUGGCUUCGGACAAGCGAGGCGAACGAAAGUAUCUGGUGGACAAGUGUCGGGAUGAGAUGUUCUGGGAAAGAGCUAUGUGGAAAAGUGCGGACUUGUUGAGUCAAAAUGGUACUGCAGAUGAUGAAGAUAUUAUUGUUGGAGAUGACAUUCGACAGUUUCUGACGAAUAGUGUUCCAUCUGAAGCUGAACAAGUUUUGCAUCCUAUCCUGCAAAUAAAGCAAAACGUUGAGAAGAAACUGAAUGAAGCUGAUUUGCAACCAGGAACGUCUGGAACAUCAGGAGAAUCGAAUGCGACUGCUGAUAAUUUGAAAAUUGGAAUUUCCGAGGAAGGUGUUGAAUAUUCAGAUGAUUCAGACGAAGAAAAUGAAUUGAUCGAGAAGAUGGGAGACAUUCCAUAUUCGAAACGUCUCUGUCAGGUGUGCAGCGCUGUUGAGCCCAUCGGAAACGAGUUUCCCAACAAUUUCCCAUACAAGUUCUCGAUUCGAACAUGGCCGUUUGAUGAGUGUCGACACAAGAAAUGGCUCGAGAUUAUGGAUUGGCCGCCGGAGUUUGAAGAAUCAAUGAAAACUUUGUGGCAGAAACGAAAAACUGAAGGAGCCCUGUCGGAUUCUUACCAUUUCUGCCCGAUUAAUGUGUGUCAGUCCCAUCUUGAUUUCAGACAACUUCCUGAACGUAUGGAAGAGUGGCAUCAGACAUUUUGUUUGCUUUGUGAUACUUGCAUGAGCGAUAAAAGUUUUCUUGUCGGAAUCCCACAUAAUUUUGAAACUCGAACAAAAUGGGCGAAUAGCCUAUUUCCAGUUAAGGAAGGAAACAAGUUUCAGCUCAAGAAGAUUUCCUGGCUUCGUCGUCGAUUCCUUCGUUCGAAACCAACCCGUUACCGUAUCUGUGUGUAUCAUUUCAACAGAAAAGCUUUUCAAGUUAAUCAGGAUGAUAAAAUUGUUCUCGAUGCGGAGGCUCUUCCUCUUCCAAUAGAUUCGGAUGACUUUGAUUUGACACCACGAGGUCCGAAUUCGGUAUGCAAAUGCGUUUUAUGUGACGACUGGAAGAAGGUGGAAGAUAUGGUGCCUUUCCGAGCCCCACACUCUGAAGCUGAAAGAUCAUUCCUUAUCGAUAUUGUCAUUCAUUCGGAUAAAAUGACCAUUAAAAAAGCGCUCGCUUCACUCGCCAAAACAAAUCGUCCAGCUCUCAUUUGCAAUAUACAUUUUCCCGAUGGAAUUGACCCAUUCAGUAUUAUUGCGGAACGGCGACUUAUGUAUGGAGUUCAGUCCGAAUGUGUCUUGUGUGCUCAUGCGAAUGAUUGCACUGCAAUGAUUCCAUUCCCGGGACCCGAUGACGAGAAACUCCGAACAAAAUGGAUAAACUCAAUGUGCCGCGAACCAUGGAUCUAUCGUUAUCUGUCUACUCGUCUUGAGAAACCAGGAAGACACUAUCUUUGUGCAUCUCAUUUCAACCGAAACUCACUUCGAUAUCACGCUGGACUUGGACUCUGGCGAAGAGCUGCAGCAUGUCCUGUUCUUGCCUGUACAACUGAUGAAGAACGACAAGAAGUAUGGGAUCUAAGCAAGUCUCAACCACUUUAUCAUCCAUUGAUUCUCGAAACAUUCGAUGAUAACGGAUCCGGCAGACUUGACUACGAUGAUGUCCUGAACUUUUUGGGAACUGAAAGAAUGCGCCAGAUCGAAACCGAGUUGAACUUCCACGGACGAAACGAUUCAUUGCUUCGCAGAGAAAAUCGGAAAAAGAAUACUGGACGCAGCUUCUAUGCCGAUAUGCCUAAUAUUUACGAGCACGGAGAGCUUCAAGAAGUUGAAGACCAAAUGGAGGGAGAAGAAGAAGAAGUAGUACAAGAAGAAUGUAUUAUCUAUGAAGAAGAACAUCAUUUAGAUGAAGCUGAAGAGCUUGAGGUUAUCGAGGAAGAGGAAGUCGUCGAAGAAAUUGUUGAACAAGUUGUGGACGACGGGGUUGUCGUAGGUGAAGAGAUGUAGACUUUGAUUUCAUUUUCCCUCAUUUUUUAAUUCAAAUGUUUUCAUUUUGAACUAUUCUCGAAUUUCCAACACUGCAUUACGCGUGAUCAAACUUUCAAAAGCCGGUAAAAGUUAGUACUUUUCAAAUUGUACACAUUGAGAUCCAUUUUGUUUUAUUCCCUUUCGUUUCUCUGUUUCUCUAUUUCACCAAUCGAAUAUACAAUAUCUGCCUAAUAAAUUCGUUGCGUUG